AUGGAGAAAAUUGGAAGACGUUUGCCUCAUUACUCCUCUUUGGUGCGCGCGCGCGUAAAAGAGAGUAAACAGCAUCACGUCAUGGUUCUCUCGCAAAGACCGAAACGGAAAAACGGCUUCUUCGUCUACCUCGACGCGCCGUCCUCGAAUAAUUUCGAUGAAAAUGAGAGCGAUGAAGAGGAAACGACGAAGCGCGUAAAGUUCAGCGGGAACGUCCUUCAACUCCUCGGGAUGAGUUUCUACCUGUUUGAGAUUUUCGGAUUCUACGCCGUGCAAGUGCCAUCGAUGACGUUUAAGAGAGAAAACGGGAGCAAAAAUAGGGUGAUUUUGUGCGCACUGUACGGGUUUUUGGUGCUUGUAUCUUUCGCGAGCGGGAUGAACGCGUCUUUGUGCGAUCCAGAGACGGAUUUUGUUCCUCCUAAAGCGGAAACGAAGAAAAUGUCAAAGGAAACGGAGAAAGAGGAUGAAGACGAUAUCGAGACGGAGGGUAAUAACUAUAACCAUCCAAAAUGUCACAUAUGCCACAAGUACCAAAAGAACCCCUUAACGACAAAACAUUGCGGCGCGUGCAACAAAUGCAUCGAUGGAUUCGACCACCACUGCGGGUGGCUGAACACGUGCGUCGGCGAGAAGAACUAUCGAGCGUUUCUGGUGUUACUGGCGAGCGUCUCGAUGCAGAUUUGGGGGCAGUUUUCGGCGGGCGUUUGGUUAUUAGUCGUGAUUUGGGAGAAGUUGAGAAGGGUGGAGAGAAGUUUGAAAAGUUUGAACGACAUUGGAGAGGAUGGGUACGAUCGGAGCGGGGAAAUAGACGGACGGAGAUGGUUGGAUGCGAGGGAGAAGUUGUACGACGGAUUCAUGUCGCCGGUGAAGAUGUUUUCGAACGAUCACUAUUAUCCGACAACGACGGCUGACGAUUAUGAAAAUAUGGGUGUGAGUAUUCAAACGGUGAUUUCUGUGCUGGAAACCUUGCGGAACUGGACGUUGGCGUACGUUAUUGUCGGCGCGAUCUUAGCCUACGCGGUUUCCGAACUCGCGUGUUUCCACGUGGCGUUGAAUAUUAGGAAAGCGAGCACGUACGGGUACAUCGUCGCGGAGAGGAAAAGAACGGAAUUCGGGAAGAAAGUGAAAGCGUCGACGUGCAGAUUAUGUUGCAUGGAAGAUGGUUUGUUGAGGAUGGACCACGAGAGUCAAGUUCGCCGCGACAAAAGCGGUUCUCAGCGUCACCAUCUUUCCUACAACAAGGGGCCGUCGCACAAGGAAGGAGAAGUAGAAGUUGAAGUGGUAGAGAAAGAAGGAGACAAAGAUAAAGAAGAAAAAGUAACAGAAGAAGAUGUCGUGGUAGAAGACGCGGCGGUUGCGAAAGCGCGACAGAAAGAACAGCGACGCAUCAUGCUGGAAAAGGAACGCGAGAUUGCAAAGCUUCGCGCGGAAUUGAAGAGAGCGAAAAUUGCAAAACUGAAGGAAGACGCCAAGCUCGGCGAACUUUUCCAAAGUCGUAUCAGGUAG